GCUGAGAGCUGCGUUUCGUUUAAAGGCUUUUCUCCCGACCUGACAUCCUACACCAUCCGCCAUCCCUAUGGGACACCUUUGGAUCCCCUGAAACUGGGGAGAACCACCUGUUUCUGGGGGAGGAGACUACACUAAGGGAAGAAAGCAGUAGACAAGGACGUUGUGGUAAAACACAGUCUAAGAGUGGACCGAGUGUUGGCUACCUGCAUAGGGUUACUGGUAGCAGUAGGAGGCUGUGGGCAGGCUGGGAAUACGUACUGAGGAAUGUUGGAUUUCACUAGCGUAUACCAGCACACUCUAAAAUGAAACGUGGAUGAAUGGUUGAUUGAGAGGAGAGAAAGAGCAAGAGAGAGAAGGAACAAAAAAAGGCUCACAAAGAGGAUUGAGAAAAAGAAAGCUGACAGAUUAAGUAGCGUGAGGAAGGCAAAGAAAGGUGAGCAGAGCUGCUAAUGCGUUGUGAGAGAGAGGAUUUGCUGGGAGAGUACAGACUGGAGCACCAUCACUGAGUGAAUAAGUACUGUACCUCCUGCCUGAACGCACCUGGAGCAACCAGAACAGCUGUCCUCUGAGCAAAGAAAGAGACAGAGAAGUGAAUAAUUAACGUUGCAGUAGCGCGGAAAAAACUGUCAGAACAGACGGGCAAGUUGCUACAAACAGGUGAGGUCUGCAACGCAAGGGAGUUUAUAGACUGGAGUGAGUAAAGAUGAUGUCUGCGAGGCGCCGUCGGCGUUGCCACUCCCUCUCUGAUGACUCUGAGGAAACCAAUGGAAACCAUGCAGAUCCUGGACCAGAACCGGAACCUGAAGAACUGGAUUGGGAUAGCUAUAGCACCACAUUGGAGCACAGAUUAGCAGCUGAGCAGGAGAGCGCCCAGGCGUCCGAGCAGCACUGUGUCCAGCUGGAGAAGGCCCGGCGUGAGCUGGAGCGGCAGCUGUCAGGCCUGUCUGACCGUCUGGAGGAGGAGGAAGCCUGCUCAGCCCAGCUGGCCCUCCACAGGGACAGGCUGGAGGCCGAGUGCGGCAGCCUCAGGAGAGACCUGGAUGAACUGGAGGGCGCCCUGACUGUGGCAGAGAAGGAGAAACAGUCUUCAGACAGAGAGGUCAGGAGGCUGUCCGAGCAGCUUUUUCAGAAGGACGAGGCGGUGCAGAAGCUGCAGAAGGAGAAGGAACAUCUGGUGGAGCUCAGCCAGCAAGCUAUUGAGGACCUACAGAGCGAAGAGGAGAAGGUGAACCUGCUGACCAAAGAGAAGACCAAGUUACAGAUGCAAGCUGAAGAUCUGGAGUACCAGCUGGAGCAGGAGCGACAUCAGCGUGGUGAGCUGGAGAAGAGUAGGAGGAAGUUGGAGGGUGACAGCAGAUCCACUCAGGAGAGUCUGGGAGAGAUGGAGAAGAACAGGAGUGGACUGGAAGACCUCCUCAAAAGGAAGGACCUGGAGAUCAGCAGCACCACCUCCAAGCUGGAAGCAGAAGAGGCCCUGAACAUUGGACUACAGAGGAAGAACAAGGAUAUGCAGGCUCGGAUUGAGGAGCUGGAGGAGGAGCUGGAAGCGGAGCGGGCCAUGAGAGCCAAGGUCGAGAAGCAGAGAACAGAUCUGACCAGAGAACUUGAUGAUCUCACUGAUCGACUGGAGGAGGCAGGAGGAGUCACCGCCUCACAAAUGGAGGUGAACAAGAAGCGAGAGGCUGAGCUGCAGCGUCUGAGGCGAGACCUGGAGGAGUCGGCCGUACAGUCGGAGGCGCUGGCUGUGUCUCUGAGGAAGCGGCACGGUGAUGCCAUGGCAGAGCUGAGCGAGCAGUGUGAGGCUCUGCAGCGAGUCAGGGCCAAGCUGGAGAAGGAGAAGCAGAACCUGAGGAUGGAGGUGGAUGAGCUGUCUGCUUCUCUGGACAAUCUGCAGAAAUCCAAGACGUCCUCAGAAGGCCAGAUGAAGAAGCUGGAGGAGCAGCUGUCAGAGGCCAACAGGAGAGGAGACGACCUGCAGAGGGCUCUGACCGAGCUCAGCGUGGCCAAGAACAGACUCACAGCUGAUAACGCAGACGUGGGUCGACAAAUGGAGGAGGCGGAGAGCAGAGCCAGUCAGCUGAGCCGCUCCAAGUCUCUGCUCCAAUCCCAACUGGAAGAACUGAAGAAACAACUGGACGACGAGGUCAAGUGUAAGCAGGCGACGAGCAGCAGUCUGAGCUCAGUGCGGCAGGAGUGCGAGGUGCUGAAGGAGCAGCUGGAGGAGGAGCAGGAGAGCAAGCAGGAGCUGCAGCGCCUCGUCUCCAAGCUCAACAGUGAGGUGACGCACUGGAGGAGCAAACACGAGUCUGACGCCAUCCAGCACGCCGACGAGCUGGAGGAAACCAAGAAGAAGCUGGCGAGCAGGCUUCAGGAGGCUGAGGAGGCUGUGGAGGCCACCCAAGCCAAAUGUUCUUCACUGGAGAAAACCAAACAGAGGUUGCAAGGAGAGGUGGAGGAGCUCUGCAUGGACCUGGAGAAGGCCAGCAGCUGUGGUCAGACUCUGGAUAAGAAGCAACGGAUCCUGGAGAAGCAGCUCGGAGACUGGAAGCAGAAGUGCGAGGAGCUGGUGGCCGAGGUGGAGGGCUGCCAGAAGGAGAGCAGGCAACACGCCAGCGAGCUCUUCAAACUCAAAACGGCCCAUGAAGAGUCUCUGGAGCAGCUGGAGGCCCUACGCAGGGAGAACAAGGCCUACCAGGAGGAGAUAGCAGACCUCACAGACCAGCUCUCAGAUGGAGGUAAAAGUGUCCACGAGCUCCAGAAAUCAAAGAAGAAGAUAGAGAUGGAGAAGGAAGAGUUACAAGCCUCGCUGGAAGAGUCCGAGGCAGCUUUGGAGGCUGAGGAGACCAAGGUGCUGAGGCUGCAGCUGGAGUUGUCUCAGGCUAAAGGAGACCUGGAGCGCAGACUUCAGGAGAAGGAGGAGGAGACGGAAGCCACCAGAAAAAGCCACCAGAGGGCGCUGGAGUCUCUGCAGGCCAGCCUGGACGUGGAGGUGAAGGGCAGAGCAGAGGGACUGAGGCUGAAGAAGAAACUGGAGGCGGACAUCAACGAGCUGGAGCUGCAGGUGGACCUGCUCAGCAAGAACAACACGGAGCUCAACAAGACCAGCAAGAAGAUGCAGCAGCAGAUUAAGGAGCUUCAGGCUCAGCUGGAGGAGGAGGUACGGAGCCAUGAGGAGCGCAGGGAGGAGCAGGCGGCCAUGGAACGACGCUGCGCCCUGUUGGUCGGUGAAGGGGAGGAGACCCGUGCAGCCCUGGAGAGUGCAGAGAGAGCCAGGAAGGCCCUGGAGACUGAGCUGCAGGAGGGCAACGAGAAAUACAGUGACCUCAACAACCAGCUCCAGUCGGCUCUGAGUGGGAGGAGGAAGCUGGAGGUGGAUCUCCAGACACUGCAGCAGGAGCACGAGGAGCUGCUCGGGGAGCUGAGAGGAUCCACAGAGAAGACCAAGAAGGCCAGCUGUGAGUUGGCCCGAGUUGGGGAGGAGCUGCGUCUGGAGCAGGAGCACACCCUCCACCUGGAGAGGGUGAAGAAAGGUCUGGAGGCUCAGAUCAAAGACAUGAGUAGCAGGCUGGACGAGGCCGAGCAGAUGGCUCUGAAAGGGGGCAAGAAGAUCAUCCAGAAGCUGGAGGGGAAGGUAAAGGAGCUGGAGCUGGAGCUAGACUCGGAGCAGAAGCGCCACGCAGAGACGGUGAAGACGCUGAGGAAGAAUGAGCGCCGGCUGAAGGAGCUGCUGUUCCAGUCAGAGGAGGACCAGAAGAACCAGCAGAGGAUGCAGGAGCUGGUGGAGAGGCUGCAGAACAAGAUGAAGGCCUACAAGAGACAAGUGGAGGAGGCUGAGGAACAAGCUAACAUGAACUUGGCGAAGUACAGGAAGACCGUCCACGAGCUGGAUGACGCUGAGGAGCGAGCUGACAUCGCGGAGUCGGCGCUCACCAAGAUCAGGACCAAGAACAGAGGCAGCUUUGGAAAGGGGUACUCCUCUGGUUACAGCACUCCAUACCCCAGCCUGGUCCGGUCACCCAGCUCUGUGGGCUCAGAGGGCAGAGGGGAGAAGAUCCUCAACGACGACAACGAGUCCGUCAGCUCCCUCAUCCCGGCGUAUCUCGACUCCCUCAAGAAGCUCAUGAUUGACUAGAAUAAGGCAGCUCCGAUCGUCUCCAGGUUCUCCAUCGUUCUGGCUCUGACGUCUUUUGAAGAAGUGAAUCAUGGUACAGUAUGAAGUUUGAAACAUCAGAGAGGCUCAAACAUUCAGGCCCCCAACAAACCAUUCAAUGUGUGUCGCCUGUUUGUGUAUGCCGUACAUUCUCAUUGGAUUCUCUACAAUGUACUCACUCCUUCCUCUCUUUAUGACUGCAGUCUGUACGAUCACAGCUUUAAUACCACACUCAGCUUUAAUCCAACACUUUUGUAUCCACUAUGUAAUAUUUGUAUGUAAAAACAGAUUGAAUAUGGAAAACUGUGCUCUAAGUGUUCGAGAAUCACACUUAGGGCAACACUGUAUUACAGCUGGUUAGAAGUCAUUUAUAAGCCAUCACUUAAUGAUAAACAUCAUGUCCACACAAUGUCACCUCUACUCACAUCAUGAAAUAAUAAUAAAGCAAGAUGAAGAUUAAAUGUGAAAUAAUGUUUUCAGUGUCUCACCUUCACUAAAUUAACAACAUAGAAAGCUACAACUGCAGCUAAAACUAGCUAACGUUAAAUCUGAUCAGAUCUCAUCUGUACAUGUUUUAAAUGUUUCACAGCAGCUACAGACUGGAGGGUAGAGGUAAUGUACUAAGUCAUCAUCAUAUUUAACUACUGUAGUAACUUUUACAACAUUUUCUGUUAGCUAGUACAGCAGAACAAAGAGGCUAGUAGGAUUUUAGACAACAAGGCUAAGCUAGUGGGUUAGCCCAGAAGUCAAGUAACAAGUUUAAACUGGUGUUUGCAGUGGAUGUCAAUCACAUUUGAGACUGUGUAGAGUAGUGAAUGACAUUUCAUUACAUAAAAUAAUUUACAUGUAUAUAAAUUAUUAGUUCAUUAACUAAUGGCUUACAAAUGACUUAUGACCAGUCAUUAUUACAGAGUGUUACCAAGUAAGAUAUGCAACAAGGUGCCAUCAAUACAUGGGUUAUUUUAGGUCAAUCAUAAGAAAUUCAUUGUAAUGUAUUUUACCUAAACUAAGUGUAUCUCUGUCUGAACUUUUUAACCACAUCUUUAUUAUCACUGCCUAAACCUGUAACGAGGCUCGGCCCAAACAUUUUAUUGCUGAAUGUGAAAAUGUGUUUUUUAGGAAUUAAAGACUUUUUU